GAAACUUGCAACCUUACAAAAAUAAUGUCAACGUCACCUGGACGUUAAACGUAAUGAAAACGAAUCAGCUGUGAAAUUAUUAAGUGUAAUGUAAAUAAAAUACAUUGAAUAAAAAAGUAAUUUACGAUACUUUAUGUUAUGUAAAAGAUGGCUUCUCGAUUUAGUGGUGCAUUGCAAUUAACAGAUUUAGACGAUUUCAUAACUCCGUCGCAGGAAUGUAUAAAACCAGUGAAAAUAGAAAAGACUAAGAGCAAAACAGGCGCAAAAAUUAAAAUAGGUGAAGAUGGAUAUUUCGACCUGUCUACUGGACAGGAACAGAAGUUACAGAAAGUGGAAAUAACACUCGCAGAUUGUCUGGCGUGUAGCGGCUGCAUAACUUCAGCUGAAAGUGUUCUUGUAACAAGACAGAGCCAGGAAGAACUUUUGAAAGUGUUUUCUGAAAGAAAAUAUUCAGAUACUCAAGGUGUAACACGAGAUGUAACAUUGAUUGUUAUAUCAUUAUCUGCUCAGCCAACACUGUCUUUAGCUGCCAGGUAUAAAUUAGACCCUGAAGAAGCAACACGAAAAUUAGUUGGAUAUUUCAAAAGUCUUGGAGCAGACCUGGUGUUAGAUAUGACAGUUGCUGAAGACUUGUCUCUGCUAGAAGCACAGCAGGAGUUCUUACAGCGUUACCAAAACCACCAGCAUGAUCCUUCUACUAAACAACUACCAAUGCUUGCUAGCUCUUGUCCAGGUUGGGUGUGUUACGCGGAAAAGACGCAUGGUAACUUCAUCUUACCAUACAUUUCAAGUACUAAAUCACCACAGCAGAUAAUGGGUUCACUAGUGAAGCGGUACUUAGCUAACAAGCGUGAGCUGAAUCCCAGUGAAGUGUAUCACGUCACCUUCAUGCCAUGUUAUGAUAAGAAACUCGAAGCGUCUAGAGAAGAUUUUUACAGUGAAGUGUUGAGCUGUCAUGAUGUGGACUGUGUCAUUACUGCAAUCGAAUUAGAACAAAUGCUGGAAAACAGUGGCAGAUCCUUAUCUGAAAAUGAAGAUUCCAAUUUGGAUUGGCCGUGGGAUGAUUCUGAAGGACCAGGCUUGAAAAGCCAUAUCGGCUCAGGGUCUGGAGGUUACGCAGAUCAUGUGUUCCUGUAUGCCGCUGAACAUCUUUUUGGAGAGACGAAUGCACCACUGGUUUAUAAGAAUUUAAGAAAUCCAGAUUUCCGCGAAGUGACCCUAGAAAAAGAUGGCGUAGAAGUGUUAAGGUUUGCGAUCGCGAACGGGUUCCGCAAUAUACAGAACCUGGUGCAGAAGCUGAAGCGCGGCAAGUCACCCUAUCACUACGUGGAGGUCAUGGCGUGCCCUUCGGGUUGUCUCAACGGCGGCGCCCAAGUGCGGCCCGUGCGGGGCGAGAGCGGGCGCGAGCUGGUGGCGCAGCUGCAGGCGCUGUACGGCCGCCUGCCGCGCGCCCGGCCCGCCGGCAGCCGGCUCGCCAAGCUGCUGUACGCCGACUGGCUCCACGGCAGGGACUCGGACAAGUCGCGGGCCUUGCUGCACACCGCGUACCACGCCCUCGAGAGGAACGACAUCGCGCUCAAUAUUAAGUGGUGAUCCGGCCGCCGGCCGCGCCCGUCGGGA